AAGAAGAAUAUCUACAAAAGCUAUAACAAAUAGAAAUUCAUCAACAAUGGCAGAGACCAACGGCUCUCUGCAACAAACCCAUCAACCAAAUCCAACUCAUAAAUCUCUCUUCCAUGCUCUUGAUCCCAUAUCUCUGAUUCUCUCACAGAACUCAGACCCUAAUGAACCAGUACCUCUGAGACUCACCACGGAGUUUUACACCAUGGAGAGAGGACCCAGAUACAAAGCAUACGCAGAAUUGAGAGAAUCAAAGUUGAGAAUGAAGAAUUCGAGGCGACGUGAAGAAUUGGAGAAAGAAUUUAAACAAACUCCACCGAAAAAGCAGGUCAAGUUUCAGGCGAAUAAUCUCGGAACUGGCCGAAAAGGGUCAUCCUCUAGUUUAGCACAAUCGGUGCCGGACUUCUCUGCAGUGAUAAGGAAAGAGAACCGGAAGCCACCGUCUUCAAUGCUCGAACUGACGCCGCCGCCACCGUCCUCGAAGAACUGGGCAAAAGGGGGUCGUACUUUGUCGAGUUCGAGAGGGAGUAAGUCGGCGAAUGCAGGGGAGAAGAAGGGAGGAUUGUUGAUGGCGAGGAAGAGCUACGCAAGUAUUGAGGAAUUGAAAGGGUCGUCGGCGGCAGUGACAAAUGCCAUUAAUGGUGAGAACAGAGGCGGUGGCAGAGGAAUUGGCAAGACUGUUCUUGGUUACAGACAAUUUCGAGUGUAGAAUUUGUUUCAUUCUUUUUCACUCUCUUUUCCACAGAUCCACUGAUUGAAUUUGUUUUUUUAAUGAUUUUCUUCCCACUU